AAGCCACAACGAUACAUUUCUCAACACUAAUAGGAAAUUUCAUCAAACCGCCAUAAAUAAGUUUAUUGUUGUUUUGAUUCUCCAGUCCAAUCUCUUGGAGAAAUUUGCUCAGAAUGCCCAUUGGUGUAUUCCAAGCCGUGCGUGAAGUUAGCAGCGAAGAUACAGUGCAUGUGGCGGCAAAUCUACUCAAGGAGCAGUCCGGCAAAUUGAAAUGGAAGACCCAACAGACUGGCGAAAAGUCUGCCUAUGUGAUAUUAGAAUUCAAUGAACCCCAACAAAUUACGGGCAUUGAUAUAGGAAACGAGCAUUCGGCCUUUAUUGAGGUAAUGGUCAGUCGCAGUGGCUGCCAACCGAAUGACUUUAAUGCCCUUCUCUUGUCCAGCUCGUUUAUGACUCCCAUUGAGAGUAAGAAUUCCAGCAAUUUGAAUCGUGUGCGUUGCUUCAAUGGCGAUGCCUUGUGUUCGACUGCAUUGCCAGAUAAAUGGAAACUGGUUAAGAUUAUAUGCACUCAACCAUUUAACAAGCAUGUUCAAUAUGGUCUUUCCUUCAUCAAAAUACAUGUUCAUGGAAGUCCCCCAGCGGCGGUGGCUAGUAAUACGGUUAGCGCUUCGGCGACUCCCAAAACAAAAUCCUUGGUGCCGGAGAAAUUUAAACAGUUUGGUAUAUUUAAAAUGCGUGAGGAAUCACCCGAUUCGGAAUCAGAGAGUCAGGUGGCACUCUUUCAACGUUGGAAGUCAACCAAAGGUGAAGCAACAGCAUCAGCUCCCACUCCGACUCCCACACCAGCGACAACAGCUGCGGCCAUACGCGAUGCAUCAAGUGGAUCAGGAUUACGGCGAUUGAGUCAAACAAGACCCUCUCCAUUAACUGUAACACCUAAGCCCAAGGCAAAGCCAUCUGGAGCAGAAACUAAAUCAGAGACCAAGACACUUGAUCGCAAUCGAGAAUCUCUUUUGUUUGGCGACGACAAUGAUGAUGAUAACGAAGACGAGAACUCGGAUAAAGUUCCCAUUGAAGAUGCCAAACUACGGCGUCUAAGUAAACACAUAGAGGCAGACAAGAGUCGACGGGAGAACGAAAAAGAGAAGGAAUUGGAAAACAAUAACAAGAAGAACAAAACAAAACGUUUAUCCAUAGACAAGACAGAGGCAAAAGUCGAAACUAUUGAUGCCAAGGCCAAGGCGAAGCCCAAAGAAAGUCCAAGUCGAGCGCCAAAACGUUUAUCCUCCUCCCUCAUAGAUCAGGGCAAUCAAGAAGGUACUCCAGCCAAGAAGCAUAAAAAGGAAGAGAUUGAACUUCAGUAUCGACCCUUUAAUCAAUUGUUGCGUGGUGUGGUUUUAGUUAUAAGUGGUAUACAGAAUCCCGAUCGUGCUGAUUUACGUUCCAAAGCUACGGCACUGGGUGCAAAAUAUAAAGCAGACUGGGAAUCUGGUUGUACUCAUCUUAUAUGUGCCUUUAAGAAUACACCCAAAUACAAUCAAGUUAGAGGCAAGGGGAAAAUUGUGACACGCAGUUGGAUUGAGAAAUGUUAUGCUUUGAAAAAGUAUUUACCCUGGCGACGUUAUGCCUUGGAUACCAAUGAUUUGGGUCAACCGGAAAGUGAUGUUGAGUUACUUGACGAAUCAAUGAAACCGCAAACUAAAUUAACCAAUCAGAACGACGACAAUGAUGAUGAUGAUGAAAUGGAUGUGGAAUUCGUACCGCAGGACAAAGAAAACAUUACACACAAUAUUUCGUCAGGCAUUGAUACUGAAGAUGAACUCGAGCGAGUAACUGAAGAAAACAAUCGAAAGAAGAAACAAAAUGAGAUAAAAACCAAAUCUCGGGAUGUCUACGAAGUUAGCACAGAUGAGGAGGAUUAUUUAGAUGAAAAGAGGAAACAGAUUCAUGAUGGUAUUGAUCAUUAAGUUUAUACAUAUAUAUACAUAUUUAUUUACCCUAAAUUGUUUGUUACAUGAAAUUCUCUAGUAAGUUAAUAUCAAUAUGAAUUGUUUAAUGCUUCAGUCAAGAUAAUUUUAAAGCGUUCGGGGUCACUAAGAGAAUAUAGUACGAGUAUUCCCACCUACUAAACAAACGUUUUUAGUUUUCUAAAUCCAUAAUUUCUUACACAUAAUUUUGAAAAGGAGCUCCAUUUUUUUGUGUGUUACUUGAUAAUUUAAUAAUUAUUAUUAACUUUUGCUGCUGUCUGUUUUUUUAAUUAUACAUAUGUCUGAUGAUUUGCGUGUGAAAAUCUUUUUAAGUAUGAAAACUUCUAAUGGAGUUUUUGCUUAUCCUUUAUUAAGGAUAUGAACAAGUAUAUAGAUAUCCAAUUUUUCAUCCAACUGUCUAACCAUUUCUCUAUAUUUAAUCAUUUGUCUUUUUAGUUAGGUUUUAAACUUAGCAUAAGAACGAUUGUCCUUUAGAUAAUAGGCUUUUAAAAGCUCCAGUAAAGCUCAAAGGAGUCACAUCCUGAAACAACUUUAA